AUGGUCACAUUCAAGAUGUUCCGCCCUACGGCGGCGAGCGAUGAUUUCCGAUCCUCAGACGAGAAAGCCUUGGUACGGCGUCUCGAUAUAUUUCUCAUGACCUUUGGGUGUCUUUCGCAAGUCAUUAAAUAUCUCGACCAGCAGAAUAUCAACAAUGCCUACGUUUCUGGAAUGAUGGAGGACUUGAAUUUACAUGGCAAUGAGCUUAAUUUAUUCACAACAUAUUUCAAUGUCGCAUACUGCAUCAUGCUCAUUCCCUCCCAAAUUAUCCUCACCUACGUACGUCCGAGUUAUUGGCUCCCAGGAUUGGAGAUAAUAUGGGGUGUCUUGACCGGCCUGAUUGCCAUGUGCACCAGUGCGAAACAAGUCUACGUAUUGCGCGUGUUCCUCGGUCUGUGUGAAAGUAGCGCAUGGCCAGGAAUGAUGACUCUUUUCAUGUAUUGGUACACGCCGACCGAGCUAGCCAAACGAAUGGGCUUCUACCAUUCCUGUCAAGCCGUUGGUCAAAUGCUAUCCGGCGCCAUGCAGGCGGCAAUCUCAGAUACGCUCAACGGAAGUGCCGGACUAGCAGGAUGGCGUUGGCUGUUUGUGAUCAACGCCAUUAUCACAGUAGUUUGGGGAUUCGCGGGAUUCUUCAUGAUUCCAGAUCUUCCCAACCGACCCAACCCACGCGCAUUUUGGUUUAAAAAGAUCCACGGCGAGCUCUCACUUGAGCGCCUUGCUCGAAAUGGUCGCGCUGAGCCGAAGCGCAUGACUUGGGCUGGUGUCAAACGUACAUUCUCCGGAUGGGUCGUGUACUUCAUCUCGAUCUUGUACAUCGCAACGGUGCUUGGAACGUACGGAUACGUUUAUUUCUCGUUAUUCCUCAAGUCGCUCAAAAAUCCUGAUGGAACCGCGCGCUGGAGCGUCACUCAGGUGAACGCUAUCCCUAUUGGAGGAUCUGCGAUCAACGUGGUCUUUGUGUGGAUUUGGGCUCUGUUGUCUGAUUUCCUAGAGACGCGCUGGACACUGAUUGUGCUGCAAGCGGUCAUUGGAAUUAUUCCGUGCAUAAUCAUGAGUGCGUGGACAGCGAAUCCGGAUUCCGUUGCUUUAUCCGCUGCUUAUGCAUCUUACUUCAUCUCCUACAUUUGUCUUGGAACGGCACCACUCAUCUUUGCAUGGCUGUCGGAUCUGAUUCCUCAAGAUCCCGAAGCACGAUCGCUGGCGGUCGGUGUUGCCGUUGCCGGAUACUACUCUAUCUCUGCCUGGUCGCAGGUCCUCGUAUGGCCUGCUUCGCAAGCACCAUACUACAAAUAUGGAUGGCAGUCUGCGUUGGCAUUGCUAGUGCUUGUGAUUAUAAUGACUAGCAUAUUGAGAUUCGUGGAUGUGCGGUAUUUGCUCCCGAAGCGCGAAGAGUUCCGCGCUGUGAUUGAAGAUGACAUUGUUGCCAACAAGGUCAACUCAACGGUGAUCCCUGAGGAUCCAAAUGAGGAUCGAGAGCAUGCUGCUGGAAGCUCCAAAGUCACACACACUGCAAAUGUUCAUGAGGUAUAA